AGAGUGUGAGUAAGAGAACCAAGGGCAGCACUGCUAAGCAACCUCCAGUAGAGAGAGAGAAGGAUAACUGUGCUCAGAUAUCUAAAGGAGCUUCUGUAAGAGACAAAAACACCAGCUUGACUCACCUCAGCUUUAUGCCUACUUCCAGAUCCCCAGCAGAAACAAGCUGCUGGAUGUAGAAGGAAAAUAGGUCGUGCUCACAGAAAAUGCCUCUAAGGGAUAAGUGUUGUCAGACUGACCAUCAUCACCAUGGAUGCUGUGAACCAGUGUAUUUGUUGGAACCUGGUGAUCCUCCUUUGUUACAGCAACCUCUGCAGAUGUCAAAAUCUGGUAUUCAACAAAUUAUUGAGUGUUUUCGAUCAGGAACUAAACAACUUAAACAUAUCUUGUUAAAAGACGUGGACACCAUUUUUGAAUGUAAAAUAUGCCGCAGUCUCUUCAGAGGAUUACCAAAUUUAAUUACUCAUAAAAAGUUCUAUUGUCCUCCAAGUCUCCAGAUGGAUGACAACCUCCCAGAUGUAAAUGAUAAACAAAGCCAAGCUGUAAAUAAUCUCCUGGAAGCGAUUUAUCCAAGAAUGGACAAACAAGAAUAUGUAAUUAAGCUAGAACCUAUAGAAACAAAUCAGAAUGCUGUGUUUCAAUAUGUUUCAAGAACUGACAACCCAGAAGAGAACAUUGAGAUCAGCAGUACUCCUGAUGAAGCUCCAUCACAAAUAGAAGAACCUACUACUGAGCAGCCCAAAACUGUUCCAACUCCAGAUACAGAAACUUUAGAGUCACCACCUGCUAAUGCUGUAAUAAAUGUAAUGCCUACUCCUGAUGAACAACCUCCAGCAUUAAAUCCUGAACUGGACUCUUCUGAUAAUUCUGAUUUUGGCCACCAGUUGAUUUGUUGUCUGUGUAGAAAAGAAUUUCAUUCCAGACGUAGUGUACGUCGGCACAUUAGAAAAGUACACAAAAAAAAGAUGGAAGAGCUAAAGAAGUACAUAGAAACAAAGAAGAAACCAAAUCAGCGCUCCACAAAAGGACGAAAUAAGAAUGUGCUUAUAACAUUAGGUAGAAGUUGUCCUGUAUGUUAUAAAUCAUUUGCUACAAAAGCCAAUGUGAGGAGGCAUUUUGAUGAAGUUCAUAGGGGGUUAAGGAGGGAUUCCAUUACUCCUGAUAUAGCUACAAAGCCUGGGCAGCCUUUGUUCUUGGAUACAGUUUCUGCUAAAAAAUCUUUUAAGACUCGAAAACAAAAGUCUUCUUCAAAGGCUGAAUACAAUUUAACUGCAUGCAAAUGCCUUCUUUGCAAGAGAAAAUAUAGUUCCCAAAUAAUGCUUAAACGACACAUGCAAAUUGUUCACAAGAUAACACUUUCUGGAAAGAACUCUAAAAGAGAGAAAGGACCCAAUAAUACUGCCAAUGGCACAGAAAUAAAAGUAAAAGUUGAACCAGCAGAUUCUGUAGACUCUUCAACCCCUUCCAUCACACUUUCUCCACAGAAUGAAUUAAAGGGAACAAGUCAUUCAAAUGAGAAAAAGAAUACACCAGCAGCACAGAAAAAUAAAGUUAAACGAGACCUUGAAACCCCUAAAUCAACCAAUCCACCUGCAGGUGGUCAACAAAAAACAAGAAAGCCAAAACUUUCAGCUGGCUUUGACUUCAAGCAGCUUUACUGUAAACUGUGUAAACGCCAAUUUACUUCUAAACAGAACUUGACAAAACACAUAGAGUUGCACACAGAUGGAAAUAACAUUUAUGUUAAAUUCUACAGGUGCCCUCUCUGCGCUUAUGAAACACGUCGCAAACGUGAUGUAAUAAGGCAUAUAACUGUAGUUCAUAAAAAGUCAUCACGUUACCUUGGUAAAAUAACUGCAAGUUUAGAAAUCAGAGCAAUAAAAAAGCCUAUUGAUUUUGUUCUAAAUAAGGUGGCAAAAAGAGGCCCUCAGAGGGAUGAAGCAAGACAGAUUGGUUCAAAACAGGAUGUUGCCUCUAACUCACCCAGUAAAAAGUUUGAAGGAGCUGAUGUUGGCAUAGAAGUAAAAGUCACAAAAAACUUUUCUCUUCACAGAUGCAAUAAAUGUGGAAAGGCAUUUGCAAAAAAGACUUUUUUAGAACACCAUAAGAAAACUCACAAGGCAAAUGCGUCUCAUUCACCAGAAGAAACCAAAACCAAAGGCAGAAGUACAAGAUCAAAAGCUCUUGUCUGGUGAGAAACUAGUUUCGCCUCUAUUUAAAAACAAACAAACCACGCCUCCUCUAAAUCUAUUUUGUUGCUGAACAAAUGCUUUCCAAUAGACUUGAUGGUGUAGGAAAUGCAAAAGUAAUGUAGAUAUUACAUUUGCUUCUUCAGUAAAAUAUGUUUUCAAUGGCUUGGAAGUCAAUUUCUAAUCUUUUUUCCUUCUGCAGGAAGUUGCAACCUAAUAUAUUUCGGCUGUACAGGUCUUCUAAACAAUUUACAUUGGCUUAUGUUUACAGUAGAUGUUUUAAAUUUAGUUUUGCACUUAUUUGGUACUUGUUCACAUGGUUUAUCCUGCCAAUGCACACACUUGUAGGAUAGUUACAAAAAUAUAUUAUGACCAUAUGUCUAUAGUUGAUGUAAAAAUGAAUUACAGCAGAGUAAAUAAAUCUCUACAUCUAACUUGGAAUAACCAGACAGCUUUAAACUUUUUUUUUUUUCUUUUAACUUAUUUCAUUGUUUCCCUCACUGUGUCAACAUAAUAGUAUAAUCCUAAAAAAAAUCUCUUUUCAUGAGUAAGAGUUUCUAGGAUAGGGCCUUAAAUUUGGUGUUUUUUCUUUAUCAUGAUGAUUCAUUGUUUUUAUUGUUUCAUACAAAAUAUGGCACAGGUAGUCUUCUAAUUAUGAAAUAUUAUUUCUUGGUUAAAUAAAAAUAACCUAUAAAUGGCCAUCCUAAGUUGCAGAAUCAUUACAGUUUUUACCUGACUGAUUUCUGGAUAUUGCAGAGAUUUGUAAUAAAAAAAAGGGGGGGGGGCUGUAUGUGUGGAGGGGAGUAUUUAAAUUAUUACUUCAGAACUCUCUCCUGAUAAUAAAUAUAUUUUAAGUGAAAAUAAGGCUAAAUACAUAUGCCUUGUCCUGCACCUGCUAUUGACUUCAACUCAGAAAUGCUCUCUUCCUGAAGGCAACUAGGUCUUGGUUCACCUUCACCAGCUGAUUACCACUCAUGUAUAGAGGGGUGGAUUUGUAGUGAUCUGAUAACCACUCUCUGCUAAAGAAAACAAUUUAAAAAUGUGUGGGGUUAGCUCUUAAAAUUACAGUAAUCUUGCCUGAGAGGAAAAGAGGAGUUAAAAUUUUUUUUGGUAACUGUUAAGUACUACCUUGCAUUUAAAAGUGAUUUCACUGUUGCAAUACUAGUAAGAGAAGUUGUACUGGUAAACUAAAAAUAUUAAUUUAUUCCCAUUUCUCCUCAGAUAACAUCAAGUGAUGUACGGACAGUUUGGAGUUCAUUUGAGUGAAAAGACUUUAACUUGGUGUUAGAACCACUAAUAUCUUGAAAAUGGUACCAUAAGAAAAAUGAGGAAAUACUUUUACAAACUCUUGUUUUCUUGCUAAAUUAAUAACAAUUCUGAUUGCUUGUUAUAUGAUAAUGUCUCAUCCCAACACUGUCAAGUAACUGUUGACUUGCAAUGCACAACAUGCAUCUGUAGUGGUUAACUACUCUUGUCUCUAUGCAGUUCAGCAAAGUUAUAAUAGAAAAUGAACUUUCUGUGAUUUUAAAAACAAAACCCUUUACAAUAAAUUUUCUUAAUAAAAACGCUUUUUUUUCAUUUAGGAAAUCAGCUUGAGAGGUCACCAUAGAUACUGGCCUUAGUACUGCUAAUGCUGGUGAACCAAUUCUGUGACUCUUUGGCCUGGUCUACACUAGACCAGGCAGGUCAGCUUAAGGUAUGACAUCCAGCUAUGCAAAAUGCAUAGCUGGAUUCAGCUGAUAUUAAACUGAGGCAGCGUCUACACUGCGGGAGGCAGACGGGAGCACACACUCCCAUCAGCUUCCCUUACUCCUUGCAGAAUGAGGAGUACAGGAUGCCUGCAGAAGCUUCCCUCAGUGUUCCAUUUGGGGGGUCUACACUAGACCUGCUACAUUGAAUGCUAGAAGAUCGACCUCCGGAGGGUCAAUCUUCUCCAUAGACAUACCCUUUGUGGUAUUCUGCUUGGCUUGCAAACUUUUGCUUUAUGAACCGUUUUAAAUUUAUUACAAAUGAAUGUAUAAGAGCAAACAGCAUAUUAGUGUAUAUUAGCUGAAAUAUUCUAUUUUUUUAGUAUUUGCCAUAACUUCAUUCAGUUGGAUUAAUUUUCCAACUUUUGGAUGUAGUGAAUUUCACUGUUCUGAAAUUGCUGCAGUGAUAUUGCCAAUACUUUUUUUUCAAGCAUGGUUCAUAGGACAACCUUUCAUUUGUAAACAUCUAGGAAGUUUACAAAACCACACAUUCCCUUAUUCCUUAAUUUUGUGUUUAAAUAUUAUACACAAGCACUUUAAUAAUAGUUGCAGUUAAUUUUUCAGUUACCGUUUUAAAAGAACAACACACUAAUGUUAAUAUGAAGGUAGUGAAUAUUUUCUGAUGUUUUAUAGACAGACAAUCCAUGCACAACCACUUCUUAAAAUGCUAGUUUUAUUUCUUUUAAUGUCAUUUAAAGGGAGGAUAGUGUGAAAGAAACUCAAUAUUUUUUCUCACAAGAUUUUAAAUGACCACUUUAGGUAGCACUUGCCGUUAUUGUAGGAUUUGCAAAAUGCUUACUGAUCCUUUUGUCUAUUUUAUAAUCAAGAUUUUAGCAAAACAGUAGCACACCUACCAUUAUGGAAAUCUUGGCAGGCUUCUGUGCAUCAAUGUGUGUCUUUUUUUAUUUUUACUUUUUAGAAAAUAUUUGUUGAGUGAUUUGUGUCAAAUUGCCACAAUUUGAAAGGUACUGUACAUCAGAAGAAAUACCAUGUUUUUAUACAGGUUCACUCUCUUAUUUAGGGAGGUGCCUUGUGUCAUAUAUACAUUUUGUAUAAAAAAAAAUCUAAAAAUGUUGAUCACAAGGUCAUGAGUUUAAAAAAUAUGCUUUUAUGAAUAGAAAAAUGUUUGGCCUUUUUAGUGCUUUGCACUAAAAAUAAAAUACACUGUGAAUGGGAACUGGACUGUAACUGUUGCUAAAAAUGUUCUGUAUUGAAUGUACAUGCUCUUGUUUGGAUUAAUGUACUGUAUUUGAUGGAAAUAAAUCAGACUGGAAGUUACUAUAACAAGUGUGCUUAGACAAAAAAGUGAAUUGUAGUAAAACUAGAAUGCCUUUCCUCAGUCAUAAACCAGCUCAGUUACUAUCAGCAGCUAUACUUUAAUAUUUACAUUUCUAUAAACUUUAUUUCUCUA